AUGAAGAUAGUAAUAACUGCAGAUAUAGAGAAAGCAUUUCUACAAAUCGAAUUACAAGAAGAAGAAAGAUCAAAUACUAGCAGAAUCCAAGAAGUUACUGAUUCAUCAACCAAUUAUAAUAAGGUAAAGGGAAUGGAAAUUGAGGAACUGAUGGCCCUAUUGCUAGUCGAACUAGAAAGGCUCAACAACAAUCGACUCCAGCAGGAAAUACAGUUAAAGACAAUUCCACUAGUCUUACGAAAGCGCUCUUCGUAA